GUUUUUUGUUUUUUUAGCUGUUUUCUUUAAUUGGGUUUCUUCUUUUGAUGCAGGAGAGUGAGAGGUGGUAAUGGUUGCAAGGUUGGAGAUGACAAUGGCAGCUUGAUGCUGAUGUGGGAAGAUGGAUUCUGCCGAGGGAGAGUUGCAGAUUGUUUGGAAGAGAUUGAUGGAGAAGAUCCAGUGAGGAAGGCAUUCAGCAAAAUGUCCAUUCAGUUAUAUAAUUAUGGAGAAGGGUGGGUACUGGGUUAAUGGGAAAGGUUGCAUCAGAUAAGUGCCAUAAAUGGGUGUUCAAAGAACCAACAGAAUGUGAACCCAACAUCUCCAAUUAUUGGCAGAGUUCUUUUGAUGCUCUUCCUCCUGAAUGGACUGAUCAAUUUGAGUCAGGCAUUCAGACUAUUGCUGUGAUCCAAGCUGGCCAUGGUCUUCUGCAGUUAGGCUCCUGCAAGAUUAUACCUGAAGACCUUCAUUUUGUGCUAAGAAUGAGGCAUACCUUUGAAUCUCUUGGCUAUCAAUCUGGUUUCUAUCUCUCUCAGUUGUUUUCUUCGAACAGAAAUAAUACCUCCUCAUCUACAAUUCCUUCGAAGCAGUCUGCCAUUCCGACACGGCCCCCACCUCCACUUUUCAACUGGAGCCAGAGGCCGCUUCCCCCAGCGACACCAAUGCUCGCUUCACCUAAUUUUCAGAACCCAGCUAGACUUGGAUUUCCACAAGCCAAAGAUGAGACACACAUGUUUAUCCUGCCUCAUUCAUCUGAAACCCGAAUGGAAGAUAUGAUGGGAGAACAUGAAAAUGACAUCAAAUGGCCUAAUGGCUUGACUUUCUUCAAUGCUCUCACUGGACGAACUGAAGAUGCCAAGCUCUUGUUUAACCCUGACAGCUUAGGCAACAAACCGGACCAAAACCACCAUCCGCUGAUUCUUGAAGGAAAAGAUUCUAAUCAAAAUUCAGAUGCCGGUGCAAACCCCAAUGAGUACUUGAGCUUGGAUAGUCAUCCAGAGAAUAUGAGGAAGAUGGAAAACAAGUUUAAGAGGAGCUUUACAUUACCUGCAAGAAUGGCUUCAUCUUCAUCUUCAACUUCAGUAGAUCAUCAUCAGCACCAACCCGUGGAGUAUAGGAACUCUGAGGCAGGGAUGUAUACCGAUGUCAUGGAAACCUUCUUGGAAUGAAAUUUACAAGGGUCUGUAAUAGAGGGACAAAUGGUUGAGAAUUUGUAUUUAGGCACAAAGGGUUGUGUUCCUUAGUUGCUGAAAUUCCUGUGUGUUUUGAUGUCCUUUCUACAUCCUUCUCUUUAAUCCAUUCAACUGAACUUUCUAAUCAUUUGUUGUAGUUUAUCCUAAUGUAAGUUUUCCUCCCUUUAGGUUUGCGUGGAAUAUCGGCCUUGGAAUUUUGAAGUAGUC